AUGCGACUUCGCGGUGUGUUUCGUGCAGCCAAGCUGCCCAACGGACAACGCGCCAUUGGCACAAAAUGGGUGUUCAAGAUCAAGCGCAAGGCGGAUGGGUCAAUCGAGAAGUACAAGGCACGACUUGUGGCCAAGGGUUUCCGCCAAAAGUAUGGCAUCGACUACACGGAGACGUUUUCGCCUGUGGUGAAGUAUGUGACGCUGCGAAUGGUGAUCGCAAUUUCCAAGCCAUUUGGAUGGCCCAUGACCAGCUUGAUGUGUUGA